AUGGCCAUUCCAACCACUCUCCCAGCUAGCUGGUACUGCCACAAACCACUGCACGAGCUGGAGCGGCGUGCCAUUUUCCUCCGGGCGUGGUAUUUCUUGGGGAUCAUCACCAAAUUCGAAACUGGAAAAGACCUAGUCUAUGAAAUCUCUCAAGUCUCCCUGCUGGCUAAACCCACCACCGGGUUUGGUGACGAUGAAAAAGAAGUCAGAGUAUUCAAUCAGUCUACGGGGAAGGAAGUACGCACACACCGAACUCGGUCUGGCCUGGUCUUCACGACCAUCUCAGAAGAAGCGCCCUCAUUCCAGGAAUUCUUUCCGGGCCUCGAAGAGCUGCUCAACAGCUACGAUCUCACAAAGAUGCCCUACCGCCGCAGUCUGAGUUAUCCCGGGAAAUUCAACUGGAAAACCAUGAUGGACGGCUUCCAGGAGUGCCUGCACUGCCAGUUCGCCCAUCCAGGACUCUCGAGGCUCUAUCCCCCGACCUUCUACCGGGUGGAAAACCACCACAACUGGUCCCGCCAUUUCGCCAACCCAAAGGAUAACCAAGAUGGAUUGUUUUUGUACUUCUUCCCGGCUUGCACGCUGAAUUUGUACAACGGCGGAAUGUCCUCGUUCCGCGUCUGUCCGGACUCUUCGCCGGGUCUUUCGCGGAUGGAGUUUGAUUACUACAACGAGGUGACCGGGGAGAAGUUCAAAGAGUAUUACAAAUUCGUGCGCCAAGUUGCCAAUGAAGAUUUCGAUCUCUGUGAGCUUGCGCAGACGAAUCUCGAGAAAGGCGUCUACACAGAGGGAUGCUUGAACCCUGAGAGGGAAAACGGAGUCUCCUAUUAUCAGCAGAUAGUCUAUGAUAUGGUUAUGGACCAAUACGAGAAGGAAAAGGCCAUUCCUGUAGACUAA